AUGUCUCAUCGGGGUGAAACUCUUCACAAAGAUGUUUGCUGCAUCGCUGACCUCAAGGAAGCUGGAGGCAAGAAUCUCAGCAAAACAUAUCGAGAUUAUUAUAACGCAGGUGCAAUGGACUUGAUCACUCUCAACGACAACGAGAAAGCCUACGAUCGCUACAAACUUCGCCCCCGAGUCCUAGUCAACGUCGAGAAGAUCGACACAAGUACAGAAUUCCUUGGCAGCAGGGUAUCGUUGCCCUUUAGCUUUGGUCCCGCUGCGUCUCACAAGCUCGCACAUCCCGAUGGAGAAGUCGCGACUUCCAGAGCUGCAGCCAAAUAUAAUAUCGGCAUGGGUUUGUCGUCUUAUGCGACCUGUUCCAUAGAGGAUGUCAAAGCGCAGGGUAUGGAAAAUCCAUAUUUCAUGCAGAUGUGUGUGUUGAAGGACCGUGGGAUUACAAUCCAGCUGUUGGAACGGGCAGAGAAAGCCGGGUACAAGGCCUUGUUCUUGUCGGUCGAUGUGCCUGUCUUGGGAAAGAGGUUGAACGAAAAUCGCAAUGAGUUCCGUAUUCCUGAAGACAUGGAAUAUCCCAAUAUUCUCAGUAGUGGAGCUGAUACUUCCGAUCGGACAAAUUACGACCCUACUCUUGACUGGGAGACAGCGAUCCCGUGGCUGAGAGCACACACUAGCCUUCCUAUCUGGCUCAAAGGAGUGUGUUCCCCCGAAGACGUCGAGCUUGCGAUAAAAUACAGUAUCGAUGGGAUCGUGAUCUCCAACCAUGGUGGCCGCCAACUAGAUGGCGUUCCCUCCACACUUGACGCGCUAAGAAUAUGCGCCCCUGUGGCGCGGGGACGGAUUCCAAUCACAAUCGACGGAGGUAUCCGCCGUGGAUCCGACAUAUUCAAAGCCAUCGCCCUAGGCGCCAGCCACUGCUUUCUGGGCAGAAUCCCCAUCUGGGGUCUAGCGUACAACGGCCAAGAAGGCGUCGAACUAGCGAUCCGGAUCCUUCGCCAAGAGCUGAAGAUUACCAUGGCGCUGGCUGGAUGCAACGCAAUCAGCGAUAUCCAGCAAUGUUAUCUCUCCGUAUUGCAAUCCGAUGGCAUCCUCGCCAAGCUGUGA